GCCUCCCCCCCCUUUCGGCGACCCCACCAACGGCGCGGCGGCCCCCCCCGGGUUCCCACCAAGUCUCCCUCUACCAGGGGGGUUGGGGGUUCCUCCACCUCCCAUGGGGCCCCCUAUGGGACCCCAAGGGGGUGUUGGGGGAGGGCUACCCAUGUCAGGGGGCCCCCCACCUCCUCCAGGGUUCCAAGGGGGCCCUCAAGGGCCCCCUGGCACAUCCUUCUUGGCUAGCAUUGGAGGGUUUGUGCCCCCCGGUGGCCUGGCUCCCGGCGGCCCUCCACAAACAAGCACGAUGCAGACGCCUACAGAGGCAGCAACACCAGCAGCACCAGCUGCUGGUGCUCUUCCCAACGCGGCUGCUGGAGGCCGGGCUGCUGAAGUUCCUGGAGCUGCCCCUCGAGGGGGCAAAGGCAUCCCCCAGUGGUUGAGGGAGGUGGUGUUAGAGGCAGAGAGCCAGCAAAAGACUUCGAAGGAAUCGAGGGAAGAAGAUAAGGAGGACGGAGGCCAGCUCCUGACGCCGUCUUCAAAGGGGGGCAGCUCCCCUCGUGGACGGUCUCCAGAGAUGGCGACGACAGGUGGAGACGGUGCAGUUGCAGCUGUUGCUGCAGCAGAGGCGGAGCCAGCAGCAGCAGCAGCUCCGCCUGCGCCUCCCCUGGUAGAUCAGAUAAAAGAAGUAGUGACGGAGAUCCUGGCUGCUGUAACUGAUGAGGUCUUCCGCGAGGCUGCGAGGGAAGCCAUAAGCAACUACAGGAGAAAACAGCGCAUUGCCGGCAAGACAACGAUUGGAGUUCGGCUUCAGGGAUCUGGGGCAGCUGCAGACAUCGAGCAAAUCAACACAAACCAGCAACAGCAGCAGCAACAGCAGGAUGAAGGACUUGUCGCAGCCAAAAGAGAAGACCAGGAGAAAACGAGAGGAGUCCUAAAUGCUGAAGGCAAGACAAGGCUUUGA